UUGACAAUAAUCUAAUGAAUGUUAAAUUUGUAGGGUGCCAGCACUCAGCAGUAAACAUUUCCGAAUUUUCAAUAAAAUUAUCAAUGAAAUAGAUCCACAGCAGUAGGUUCUCAAAGUGCUCUUCUCAGAAACGAGUUCCUUUAAACAUUUUAUUUUAAAAAAGGAACAGUCAUUUUUUAGUCUUUCUACUUGUAAAGAUGGGCAACUUUAUUUCAAUAAACUUGGAAGAUCAUUAUAAAAAGAAUGAAAAGUUCUUACAGAGCCUCAAUGAGAUAGCGAUUGAAAGGCAAAUUCAGAUGCAAAAUCAAAUGGCAGAUCGGCAGAGAGCUACAGCUGUAGCUAAAAGUAGAGACCUAUUUUUGUGGAUUACUACCUUUAAUAUAACUGCAACAGCAGGCCUAUUUACAGGGUUCAGAAGAACUAAGAGAGCCUACUUUUUGAUUCCAUUAAUUCCACUUACAUUUGUUAACUUAUACUACUGGGAUCUUGCAUAUGGCAACAAGUUACAUAGAAUCAGGAUGGAAGCUGAACAUGUAAUGACCCAUGAGAUAGACAUGUUAAAAGUCCCAUGCGGUCUACCAACACCAUCAUCCAUUGACCAGGGUCGUAUGGUUGAAGAGGAGACUAAGAAAAUUCAUCCACCAAUGCCGUAAAAUAACUGCGAGUGUGCCUUUGCAGCUUCUAUAAAUGAUAGAGACCAGUAUUAGUUGUCUUUAAGGAACAUUGCCAAUUUAAUUAUUUGUUGUGAUUCAAAGUUGGCUAAGCAUUCCUACCAAAAUUAGUUGCAUUUAAAAAAAAUAUGUUGCCAAUAUAGUGUGAAAAUAGAUUUAAGACUACAAAACAUUGUGUUUAGUAGAAUUCACUUUAGCGCAAAACAAAUAUCUUAAUGCGUUAUCAAUUAAAUUCGACUUAUGACACUAUGUUUAAGUAUUCGAUGUCAAAACUAAAAUGAAAACUAAUGUUUAUAACAUCAAUGCAAUGAUGCUGAGAGCUAAAGUUCACUAUAAUUUAUUUAAAAGUGAUAUUAAUAUAAAAGUAAAAGUUUUAAUAUAACUUACAAAAUGUAAAGUGGAGGAUAAAAUUGUGAUGUGACGUGAGACGAAAAGUUCAGAAGAAAACCGUGUGUCAGAUUGAGAUAAAACAAACUGACGCCUUCCGACUUGCAGUUCUCACCCUCUAAAAUCCUAACAUGACUUUCUUCUUACCGAUAGGUAAUAAAUACUAAUUUGGAUCUCAGUUAAAUUUAAAAGUCUAUUAGAAGUAUUAAGAAUUGCGAAUAUCUUCAUUGAAUCUAAGUGUCUUUGGAAUUAUAUAAAUCAAUCUUAAAGUGUUCUAAUAAAUCUUAAUAUUUAUCGUUAACUCUUUUAGCUAGUGAUUAUUAAUAACGAAGGUAUUUCAAGGCGCGAUCGAAGCGGUAUUUAAAAAAAAUAUAUUAUUUUUAGUAUGUAUUUUUCUUAGACGCUAUUUUUGUAUUUUUUUUUAAUGAGUCUUACUCGUUUAAUUAUGUUAAAUGUUAUUAAUUAUAGUUU